AAGAGAGAGAGAGAGGGCGGAAUGCGAGGGUAUGUAUACACAGUAUACCGCAGCAGCAGCAGCAGCAGGCAUGUCCACACGGGUGCGAAACAGUCCAUGGCUUGAGCUGUAUUUCUCGGCCCGAUACACCAAUUAUGUAGCAAGCCGAUGUCCCGGAAACACAAUCUCAUCUCGCUUACUUUUAUUGAAUGCCAGCAGGACGAUAAAAAAACGUACGUGUAGCUUUGUGACAUUCCCACUUUAUCCUUUCUUUUUAUUCCACUUUGCAAACAACCUUCUACCCCCGAUCUUCGUUGCCACACCGUUCAAAUACCAUAUCUCUCAAAACGUCAAAUGAUCCCCACCAUACAGGACAACAGCAACCCACAAGCAUCUGCAGGUGCUACCGCUUUAUCCGAAAACAAGCCCGUGAUCGCAUUCAUCGGCGCCGGCAAUAUGGCCGAAGCUGUCAUCGGUGGCCUCUAUGCAAGCGGCCACCCAUCGACACACCUGCGGUUCUCAGAGCCGUUUGACGCACGACGUGAAUACAUGGAGUCCAAGUUCCCCCAAUGUAUGAGCACAACGGACAAUAACAAGGUGAUUGACGGCGCGGACGUGGUGAUUUUGGCAGUGAAACCCCAAGUACUGCGUCAAGUGGUGUCGGAUCUCAAGUUUACGGACACCAAUGUGCUCAUCAUUUCGAUCGCAGCAGGCAUCAAGACGGAGCAUAUCUUGCGAUGGUUGGAGACGCCACAGCCGGUGGUGCGAUGCAUGCCAAAUACCCCAGCAUUGAUCGGCGAGGGUGCAGUAGGAUUAUACGCGACGGAAAGUGUCAAUGAUGCACAACGUGACACAACAGUGGGGAUCAUGAGUGCAGUUGCCAAGCGGGUGAUGUGGGUCGACAAGGAGGCGGCUAUCGAUACCAUCACCGCCAUGAGUGGUAGUGGUCCUGCGUACUACUUUUUGUUCAUGGAAGCUAUGACCAACGCAGGCGUUGCUGCUGGAUUGACGCCGGAGGAGGCCAAUGAUCUGACGGUACAGACGUGCUUGGGAGCAGCAAAGAUGGCACAGCAGUCUGAGGAUGAUCUGGCAACGUUACGGAAAAAGGUGACGUCGCCCAACGGCACAACCGAAGCAGCACUCAAAACGAUGGAAGCAGCCAACAUCCGCCAGAUCAUCCAUGACGGCGUGUUCUCAGCUGAACGGCGUUCUCGGGAAAUUGCCGAUGAGAUGGGCAGAGAUCAGUAAAUAAUAACUCUUGCAUAGACCAGACGACUCCAAUCAUUUCAUAGCAUAGACCCUACCCUUCCGCACACACUUUCAUUGCUUCCCUUUGUUUGUAAAAAAAAAAAUUC